GCCUCACGCACAGUCUGGGUGCACUUCAGCCUCCAGCCUCUGCCUCCGCCUGUGCUCAGCCGGCUCAGGUGCAUAAGGUGCGGGUAGCUGCCCUCCUGGCCCUGUCGUGCCCUGCCUGGAGGGAUACCAUUCUGAGGCGAUGGCUGCAGGGAACGAGCGGAGCAUGAAGGCCCUGAAGGAAGUGUGGAAAAGAGCAGAGAACUCUUUGUGUGCGGACUGCGGGAAGCCAGAUCCUGACUGGGCAUCCUCUACUUUGGGUGUCUUUAUAUGCCUCAGCUGUUCAGGAAUUCACCGCAACAUCCCUAGCAUCAGCAAAGUCAAAUCCCUGAAGAUGGACUACUGGGAUGAUGCUCAGGUGCAGUUUCUGGCCAAGCAUGGGAAUGCUGUGACUAAAGCCAUAUAUGAAGCUCACAUCCCUAUUUACUAUUACCAGCCAACCUACCAUGACUGCCAAGUCCUGAGAGAACAGUGGAUACGGGCCAAAUAUGAACGCAAAGAAUUUACUGAGCCGGGAAAACAGCUCCCAUAUUCUGAUGGGGUGAAGGAAGGCAUCCUUUGGAAGCGAGGCCGAGACAACGGGCAGUUCCUACCCCGCAAGUUCCUCUUGUCUGAGAGAGAGGGAUGUCUGAAGUAUUUCACCAAGCAGGAUGCCAAAGAACCCAAAAUCAACAUUAAAAUAGAUGUAAUCAAUGCUACAUUCCAGCCAGAGAAGAUUGGGAACCCCAAUGGCCUGCAGAUCACCUAUCUCAAAGACAAUAAGACCCGGAAUAUAUUUGUCUACCAUGAAAGUGGAAAGGAGGUAGUGGACUGGUUCAAUGCCAUCCGCUCAGUGCAGUUCCAUUACCUGAAGGUGGCAUUUCCCAUUGCCAGCGAUAAUGAGAUCAAAAAUCGUCUGACCAGAAACUUCUUGAAGGAGGGAUACAUGGAGAAGACUGGUCCCAAGCAGAGAGAGGCCUUUAAGAAGCGCUGGUUCACGCUGGAUCACCGCAGGCUGAUGUACUUCAAGGAUCCUCUGGAUGCCUUUGCUAAGGGUGAGGUGUUUGUGGGCAGUGGAGAGAAUGGAUACAGUGUCCAGAAGGGAUUGCCUUCGGGGACACAGGGCAACUUCUCUUGGCACUACGGCAUCACCAUUGUCACCCCUGACCGGGAAUACCUCUUCACCUGCGAGACAGAGACUGACCAGCUGGAGUGGGUCAGAGCCUUCACUAGUGUCAUCAACCAGGCCAUGACACCACAGGAAUAUGCAAUUGAAGCCUACUUCAAGUUUAAAUCCUAGGAAGCCAUGCAGGAAUCUCACUAUGACUCAACUCUACCUGGUCCUAUUGGGUGGCUGUCAGGACAGGAGAGGAGAUUGACAUCAGAGAAACACAGUGCUCUUGGAGCACCCUUUGAAGCACUUUUGCCCCCAUAGGAUAUCCACUUUGUUUUGAGGGCCUGAUUAAGCUGCUUCUUUUCAAGUGCAAGAUUUUGUGCGUCUGAAUCCUCAGUACAACCUGUCCCUGUUAAAUUGCUGUCAUGUGGCUGGAUGCUGACAGGUCUUGCCUGUCGGUCAGGCCUUGAAAACUUUGGCACUUACUAUGUUGGACGUGAGACCCAGCAUCACUCCUGCAUGAAACUGCAGACAGGCACCCACCUGAUGCAAGAAAAGAGCUGCCUGGCUGGAGCCAGGCACCACAGCGGGUUACAGGGACUGCUGGACUAAAAGAGCCUGUUCCUUUACAAGAAAUACCAUAUCUGCGGGUGACAGAGAUGUGAAACAUCUAGAUAUUUGACCAGUUAGUGCAAUGGUUGAGAAAGGUCACUUAAAAAUGUAACCUAAACAGCCAGAUGUGAGGCUUGUUUCCUUCUGCCAUGUAUGGGUUUGAAAGCUUCUUCAGAUGACAAUUGUGUGCAGAUCUUCCACCAAAUGCUUCAGAGAAGAUUAAGAGAUCAUAUCAAAAAUAAUGUGGAUAUACAUUUGGGUAUGUGGAUAAAUAAUGUGGAUAUACAUUUGUGUAUGUGGAUAAUGUGCAUGCACACACAUAACAAAAAGUGAUGGAGGUGGAAUACUGCCCUAGGGAAGAUACUGUGAGGGAUUUUCAUGCCACUGAAGAUCAGCUGCCCAACUUGAGUCUCUAUCAGACCAAUGGAGAGGGGCUGGGUCUUGCAGAGCUGAUAAAGUGUAUAGAGUUCAGAGUCUGCUGUCUCUACUAGAGCCUAGGGUUGAUGCUGAAUAUGGUAAUACAUGGAUCUCUUCUCCCUCGUUCCCUGUAUGUCAAAGGCCUGGCACUUUCAUUCUGACCUGCACAUUGCAUAUGUUUAUCUUGUCCAUCACACAUACAUAUCUGUAUGUUCAUGUUCUCUUAGUAAGAGUUAGCCUAAAACACAAUAUCAACCCAUGAUUCAUGUCUUAAAGCUCAUUUCUUGAAGCUCUCUUGGGAGAGCUGUGCUACACAUGCUGGGAGGAGUAGCUGAGUUCUGCUGGUGACUGUAGUACCUGAUGUGUUUGCAGUUUUAUCAGGCAGUGUGAGAGAAGGUAUCUCAUGUGUUAAGGGGAGCUAAAUGGAAUCAAUGAGACCACCAGUAUUUUAAUUAGCUCCUAAAGAAAUAAUUUAAAAAUAUCAUUGUAAUUUAUUUUAACGUCUUAAAUUAGCUGACAUGUUAACUGCUGAGGUAUGAGGUUGUUUCUUGGAAAAAAGUACAGACGAUCAAACAAAAA